CACGAGCAGAUGGCAGAGAAGCCACCUGCUCUCACUUUGCCGCCUUGGCGGCGUGUUCGGGGACACUUUGUGUCCUGCUGGUGGCGAGCGUCGCUGUCAUUAUCUACCUCUCCUCUGUGAUGGAAGAACAGAGAGGGAACCUCGGCGAGCUCGGCGCAGAGAAGCAGCUGCUGGUGGAGGAGGUGAGCGCCUUGAGCUCCGUCACGCACAACCUCAACUGGACGCUGGGAGUCAUCAUGCGCUUUGACGCCUUUCCCGUCAGCGACUUCUGCCCAGAUAAGAAGUGUCAGCCGUGUCGGGAAGACUGGGUUCUGUUCCAGGAGAAGUGCUACCUGUUUCCCAGUGAAAACUCCCCCUGGAACACAUGGGAGGGGGGCCAGAGGUACUGCCAAAGCGCGGCCGCAGACCUCGUCGUGAUCGAUAAUCUGCAUGAACAGGAAUUCAUCAGUAAUCACUCCAGGUUUUACUACGACCGUUACCAUGGAUACUGGCUCGGGCUGCGUAAAGUCCAGGACAGAAACUGGGUGUGGGUUGAUGGACAAAAUGACACUCUCAGCUACUGGUUAACGGAGAGCAUUGGUAUGUCUCCCCAAUGCGGACUGAUGAUCCCCGAGAGGAAGCCCUCAGCCAGCUGGAAUCCAGCCUACUGUUACAUGAGGAACAAAUUCAUCUGUGAGGCCGACGCCCUGUUGAGGUCCGAUCUGUGAGCGCUGCCACAGGUUCUCCCACAUGCAAAGUUGUACGAAAGUGUUAAUUAUCGUUUAUAAACCAGCUCAGGAGUCACAAAAAGGGGAAGAAGCUGAACCACACUGUACAAUUUAACCGCUUAAGCACCUUUGAACUAUUGCAGCUUUAUGAGUAAGCCUCACUGGGAGGACGCUGUGCACUUCAUCCAGAGAUCGGUGAAGACAUAAUAAAGAACAUGAGUCAAUGAAUCAUGUGACGUGUUUCUCCCAAAGAGCCAAAGCCUUAUAACGGGACGACUUCUGCAAAGUUAAUUUCAUCAUUACAUUUGCACACUGAUGCAACAGUUAUUUUCCAGCAGCUGGCUUGCUGCAUGUUUCUGGUGUUACGUAAAGACUUAUGAGUCAAAAUAUGAGUCAAAAUAUGUUGUGCAACAAAGUGUAUGUUCGACAUGGCGGACUUUUCAAGAAUCCGUGACUUUAUUUUGACCUGUAUUUUAUAUUAUACUUUUGUCUCUUCUGUAGUAUCUGUGGUAAUACACCAUAGAGUAGUAUGUAGCCUACACUAUAGAAAAACAAUAUAUCAC